AACCAAGCCAUUUGAGCACAUUUUCCUACUCAUUACUCAACUGCAUCUUCUACUUGAAUAUCCUUUUUCCAUUACCUUAACAUCUCCAAAAACUUCCUUAAAACAAUGGCUCCAUCAUUGUCCACUGCUUCCGAUUCAUGGGACGUGAUCAACUUUGCCGUUGAUCAGGGUCACGGCGUCAAGGGUCUCGCCGACUUAGGACUUAAGACUUUGCCCAACCAAUAUAUUCAACCUCCCGAAGAACAAAUCACAAACAGUACCGUCGUUGACGACGAUGCGAUCCCCGUCAUUGACUUGUCAAACUGGCCGGACCAGAAAGUGAUGAAUGCCAUUUGCAAUGCAGCUGAAAAAUGGGGUUUCUUCCAAAUAGUCAACCAUGGCGUACCAAUGCAAGUUCUUGAACGUGUCAAGGAGGCGACUCGCCGGUUUUUCGGGCAACCGGCCGAGGAGAAAAAUAAGCACUCCAAAGAUAAUUCGCCGAGUAACAACGUGAGAUAUGGAACUAGUUUCACUCCUAAAGCUGAGAAGGCUUUGGAGUGGAAAGAUUUCCUUAGUCUCUUUUAUGUUUCUGAUGAUGAAGCUGCUGCCCUUUGGCCUUCUGCCUGCAGGAAUGAAGCAAUUGAAUUCAUGAAGGAAUCGGAAGUUGUGAUUCGGAGGCUGCUGGAGGCUUUAAUGAAAGGACUUAACGUCAACGAAAUCGACGAAGCUAAAGAAUCCAUCUUGAUGGGCUCCAAGAGAAUCAACUUGAACUACUAUCCCAAAUGCCCGGAACCCGAACUCACGGUCGGAGUCGGGCGUCAUUCGGAUGUAUCCACCUUGACAAUCCUACUCCAAGAUGAUAUCGGAGGAUUGUACGUCAAGAAAUUGAACAGCAAUGAAUGGGUCCACGUCCCACCGAUCGACGGAGCGAUCGUGAUCAACGUUGGUGAUGCGCUUCAGAUUUUGAGCAACGGUAGAUAUAAGAGCAUUGAGCACCGGGUGAUUGCUAAUGGGUCAAGGAAUCGGAUAUCGGUUCCCAUUUUCGUGAACCCGAGACCAAGUGACAUCAUUGGCCCUUUGCCUGAAGUGCUUCAAAACGGAGAGAAACCAAUUUACAAACAGAUUCUCUAUUCGGACUAUGUGAAACAUUUUUUCAGAAAAGCUCAUGAUGGGAAGGAGACCGUUGAUUUUGCCAAGAUAUGAACAUAUGAUACUAAGUAAUAUGUCACUUAAUUUGAUUCAGAUUUGAUUGUUUGUUAUAUUAUGUCAUGGUUUUGAAAUAAUGGUAAUUGAAAAGUGCCACAAAGUAUCAUAUAUCCUUGUGUACGCAUCCUUUUACCAAGGAAUGUAUUAAUUCUUGUGAUAUUUUCGUACUAAUUUUUAUUUUAUGUUCUUC